AUGGACUUCCUUCAUCAGAUCACCGCACGAUUGACUCCUUCCGCCACACCACCGCAACUCGCCGGGAUGGCCUCCUCAGCUCGGGAAUGGGGCACAGAAUUGCUAAGACAUACGCUGAAUUCCGGCAUUGUCUCAGCUGAUUGGAUGCAGCUUGUCAAUCAGAUGGUCCUCCCACCUGUCACUUCACAUAGCGAGGCGUUUAGCAUCUGCAGGUUCAGAGUUUCGGAUCGCAAUCAAUUCUCAAGCAGUUCGGCCGAUCCCGUUGGAGGCAAGGCCAGGGUGAAGCGACGGCGCUGGCGAGACGAUGAUCUCGUCUUUCUUGAUCACUGCGGCAAUGGCAUGGAAUCCUCCCUCCCGCGUGAAGCUGCGGGCCGACCGGCCGGCUCUGGCAUUGUUGAACACCGCAAGACCAAUGAGCAAAUGUCACUAUCUGCUGACUUGCUUCUUUUCGCCGCCAUGGUCGAGUCGCCCACGAGAUAG